GAAUGAAAGUCCGGGACUACUUUGUAUCCUGUCCAUACCCAUGGGUCGAGGGCGUGGGCUCACGGACGGCACGGCCAGUCAAUUCGCCACCAAUCAAGCACUUUUUGCCCACGCCUCAACGAGUCGGAUUGCAGAUUGUUAUAGGCACUGGCAGGACUCGGAAUGGGCGGUGUGUGCAGCCAACCAGAUACUCAGAAAGGGGCGGUCUAGUUCCGUCCCAACAGAAUGCACAAUUCCGCAUGUUCCUCUGGAUAACUUGCUAUUGGCCAAAUCAACCGCCCGUUUGCCAAUAGCCUACGCCUCGGUGAAAUCUGGACGAUAUGAUUGGAUAGACGGGUAUACCCCCUGAGCUACUACAACUUACCGUACGCGGAGGGCACGGGUCGGCAUCGUUGAUUGCAUUUGCAACCCCGAGUGGGCUUUGCUUGUAUGUGGUGCCCCGGAGUGAAAUCCUGGUCGCCUCGUGUUCGGGAAGCUGGAGAUGGAGAUGAUGGACAUUUUCCCCCAAAGUUUGCCCCAGGUGCCACUGGUUGUGGGAUGCUCCGGAUUGCAAUAAUGCUGGCCCUCAGUGGUUUCCCCCAAUGGUCCCUUCGGGUGUCUUGCCUCAUGAGUUGGUGUAUGUCGUGCAUACAUGCAUUGUGCGUUCCAACACUAUCCAAACGACCACGGACUUGGACUUGGACUUUGAUAUACAGCCGGAACAAUGACAAACCACGUUACUGACACAUCGCCAAUAUCAAUACUGGUCCGUCUAUACCACAGGCUUUCGGGCUUUCCCCCCGAGGACUCUGCUAGCCAUGGGCGUCUGAGCCAAGGAACUUAGAUCUCGGGCUCAAGCCGACGUCUCCAGUAAGAUGGGCGAAGAACCAAUAUGAUGUGUCCGAGGUAAUGUUCCAAGAUCCACUAGACGCCGCCACCAUGAGCGGAAUCUGGACUCGGGUCUUUUGACAAGAGGCCGGCUCCCAUGCUCUGGUUCGGGGUUCUCCAUAGUCUCUGACUCUUCCAUUUGUGAGGACAAGCGCGAGCGUGUUGUCAGGGAGAAAUAAAUUCGACCUCUUACCCCAUGGGCAAGUGAGUGCCCUAUCUUCUGAAGUUUCAUCUCGGCCUCUUUUGUCUCAUUGCUUUUCCGCUCUGUGGCCUUUUUAUUCGAAACCAUUCCUUUUUGCCGGUGUUUUUUUCCACAAGGCCCGGGCUGUUACCACCAUCCGACCUUCGACCAUGGCGGAGAAAGGCAAGGUCGUGGACCGGUCUGAGAUCGAGGAUCUUCCUCUCGGCGGCAGCAACGAUGGCGUGAGCAUCGACGUGAAGCUCGAAGCUCAAGAGAUCGACCCGGUCCUCGAGAAGAAAUUGUUGCGCAAAUGUGAUCUGCACCUUGUGCCUAUGCUGUUUAUCCUCUUUCUGUGCGCCUUUAUCGAUCGGAUCAAUAUCGGAAAUGCACGCAUCCAAGGACUUGAAAAAGAUCUUCACAUGUCUGGAGUCGACUACAACAUUGCUCUGUUUAUGUUUUUCGUCCCAUACAUUCUGCUCGAAGUGCCCUCCAACAUGAUCCUGAAGAGAAUCCGACCGUCCAUCUUCCUGCCAUGCAUCAUGAUUCUCUGGGGCAUCCUCACCAUCUGCCAGGGGCUCACCAAGUCGUUCGCGGGUCUGGUCAUCUGUCGAGUCAUCAUCGGUGCCUUGGAAGCCGGUUUCUUCCCUGGCUGUCUAUACUUACUGUCCAUGUACUACCGCCGCCACGAGCUCCAAUGGAGAUUCAACCUCUUCUUUUCUGCCUCGGUUAUCGCGGGCGCUUUCAGCGGUCUCCUCGCAUAUGGCAUUGCCCACAUGGACGGCAUAGCCGGGUAUGGAGGCUGGGCCUGGAUUUUCAUCAUCGAGGGCAUUUUCACCGUCGUUGCUGCUGUAAUUGCUUUGUUCGUCGUACCGGAUUGGCCCGAGAACGCCAAAUUUUUGAAAAACGACGAGCGCGAUCUUCUCCUUCGCCGGCUCAGAAUGGACGUGGAGGAAGCCACCAUGAACCACUGGGACAAGAAGACGGCAAAGCGGAUCUUUUCAGAUGUCAAGAUGUAUCUGGGUAUCCUCAUGUAUCUGGGCGUAGUCACCACAGGCUAUGCAGGCGCAUUCUUCACACCCACCAUUCUCAAACAGCUCGGCUGGACCUCGAUCCGUGCUCAAGUCAUGUCGAUUCCCAUCUAUGUGUUUGCCAUGAUUUGCACCAUCUCCUCGGCCAUCCUGAGCGACCGACUCCGCCAUCGCUUCGGCUUCGUCGUUUUCGGCUGCCUCCUGGCCACGAUCGGCUAUGUCAUCUUGCUCAAUAUGCACAAAGUCGUCGUGGGCGCCCGGUACUUUGCCCUGUUUGCCAUCAUCGGCGGCGGAUUCACGGCCCAGCCGGCCACGUUGGUGUGGGUGCAAAACAACGUCUCGGGCCACUACAAGCGCUCAAUCAGUUCCGCCAUGAUGAUUGGCUGGGGUAACACCGGAGGCAUCGUUGCAUCUAACAUGUUCAUCACGAGCCAGGCGCCCGAGUACCCGUUGGGUUUCGGUCUCGGGUUGGCCUUGAUCUGGGUGUGCGUCAUCUCCUCGACCGUUUACCUCUUCUAUGUCAGGCGUGAGAACAAAUUGAGAGAACAGGGGCGUCGGGACCACAGGUACAACUUGCCCGAGGAGGAGAAGAGGAACCUGGGGGAUGAUCACCCUGUUUUCCGCUUCACGUACUAGAACUGAUCUGGCCGUGGUCACAUCAACUAUGAGCUACUGCAGUUGGAAUAGAAUUAAUUAGAUUUGCGGUUGACAAAAAUAGAAAUCUUGAAGAAUCGUCUUGAACCCG